UCGCACGAACAAGCGUAGCCUGGCAAAGAUGGCGGCGGGCUCCUACUUGCUUAGGGAUGUUUUCUUCAACAGAAAGGUGGACGAAAAAGUAGUAAGCGAGCUAUUGAGAUUUAUGGACUCAGAACUUUCAGCAGCAAGUGACUUUUACUUAACGUCUGGUGUUUAUUUUACAGUAAAUUACGUCGGCAGCUCAUGUAGUUAGUGAUUGUAUUGUUCCGGGCAGCAAAAAAAAAGGGACUUUACAACAACAAGUCAAGUGCUUGAUAAAACAGGCAAAAAUAGUUGCGCAUUCCGGUUAGCUAGCUAGUUUUUGUCACGUUGUUCUGUUAAUUUGGCUGACUUAAAUUCACUUGUCGGUGUAUUCCCAAACUAAAGCGCAUUUCAGAAAGUAGUUCAACACUCCUCUUUGCUGUCAUGUUUCCGCUGGUGUAUGGGUAGGAGUUUCAGGUGGUGACAGCAGCAGUCAGCGCGGGUUCUCCAGCAUGGAUGGGACAGCUGGAGUCUCUUCGACGGCUGAAUCGAGCAGCAUGACAGCCGCUCAGAGUCAGCCGAAGCCCGCGACGACCACCGGAGCCGUAGAGGCAACACUUCAUCCGGCUGGUGGUGAAACUUUAAAUGGAAGCACGGCGGCGGCGGCGGCGAACUGUCACAUACCCAGAGGAGGAGGCGAACAACAUUCCGACAGCUCACCGUCCGCUGUCACGCUCGCCAACGGACCUGCGUCCGCGAGACAAGAGGGUGCAGCCGGUACUGUUUUCCGAACUUCUUUAAGCGCACAAAACACCGUGACCUCACCUGUGGCUUCGCCUCAGCCUUCAGUGAAAACUGUACCCACAGUCACGCUUGUGAGGCCGCCUAUGCAAACCUCUACUAAUGAUAUACAAAGCAACCCAACCACUGUUUUAACACCCUUGCCGAGCGUGAGCGUCACCUGCGCGACGACUGGCUCUACUCCUGUCAACAAGGCUGACUCCAUCAAAACCAUCAUGCAGACUGGAGUCCAGGUCGUGGCUUCCACGGGUGGGACGGGGACAACGGCGACCGUGAGGAGUCCGACUGUCUUGCAAAACUUGAGGACUGCAGCGCCGUCAACUAUCACUGCCACCGCUCCUCCUCCUGGUGGGAUACGAACCAUUGCUCCACAGGUGUUGGGUCCUCGGCUCAGUCAGCCUCAACGAAACGCCACAACUGUCCAGAUCACUCCAGGCAUGGUUCUGCUCCGCAGUGACAGUGGGCAACUGAUGUUAAUUGACCAGCAGGCCUUGGCUCAGGUGCAAGCUCAGGCGCAGUCGCAAAGGGCCAUGACACCACGACCUGCGACCCCCACCAGCACUCCACCUGUGCAGGUCACCUCUCUGCAGACCCCAGGUGCACCCCUGCUGGGUCGUCCUGUAACUCCCACCACCAUCAUCAAACAGGGUUCUUGUGCCCAGACCACGAUCACAGCCACCACCACACUGCAGAGGCCUCCUGUACUGCAGAAUACCAUUAUGCUGGGAGGAAGUGCCACUUCCACUGGAGCAUCCGCCACAGUCCAGCCUGCAGCAUCAGUAACUCAAAGGAUGGGGUCCCUCGGGGCCAAGGGGACACCUGUCACUCCGACUGGAAUCACACCUGAAACACUGGAGAAUGUAAAAAAGUGUAAAAACUUUUUAUCUACACUUAUCAAGCUAGCAUCAAGUGGUAAACAAUCAUCUGAGACUACGGCAAAUGUCAAGCAGCUGGUCAAGAGCCUGCUGGAAGCAAAGAUAGAACCUGAGGACUUCACCAGUAGGUUGUAUCAGGAGUUAAACUCUUCACCUCAGCCAUACCUUGUUCUUUUUCUUAAGAGAAGUCUCCCAGCACUGCGUCAGAUGACUCCAGACCCGGAGGCCUUCAUCCAGGAAAGCCAGCUGCCUCAGCCCACUACCACAACCUCCUCUGCCCUCAGCGCUGUGGUACUACGACCUCCCCUCUCCUCCGUUGUCGCCACAACCACAGGCUCUGCCACAAUCAAAACUGCAGCUAUCAGCCUCUCGCAGACUCCCAAUAGUAAACAUGGACUG